CCCACCCUCGCGGGCAUGCCGAAAGCAACACAAGACACGAUAACUAUCGCCGAGCCCAUAAUAAUCACCUGGAAGAGUGCAUCCUUGCUGCAGCGGAUCGUGUCGAGAGAUAGUCAGCCUAUCGUCGUCUCAGUCCUUCGUUAUCUGUGUUAGAUCCUGCCCACUUUUGUGCUUCUGGAACGGGUCAGAUGUGAUAUCUUGAGAGAGAUAUUUAGGAGCCGGCGUGAAUGACAGUUUCUCUUUUAAUCGUUUCGCAGUUUGCUUGCUCAAAUGGCAGAUGACGGCUCUGAGAGGAGACAGAGCUCUCCGGGUCGUUACCGUGUAGUGGCAUCUUGCUAAAGUUUUGAAGAUCGGCACAUGUCAUCCUCAUCAAGACUCAUGGAACCCUGAUCGUAUGAAGACAAGAAGUGGCUGUUCUCAAUUUCAUCAGAUUUGAAAAUGACGCCCAUAACAUGCGAAGUCCGUGGUUCCGUCCUCUUGCUCCUCUGGCUGUGGGCGGGUGGGGUUCCAGUCGACGGCUGCCCGCCGAAGUGCAGCUGCUUCCGUGAGCCUCGCCUCACCAUGGCCUGCCAACAGCGCGGGCUGUCCGCCGUCCCUGCCGAGAUCCCGGGCCACGUCCAGCGCAUCUUCCUCCAGAUCAACAAGCUGACGGAGAUCCGCUCCACCGCCUUCAGCCUGUGCCGGAACCUCACCGUCCUCUGGCUCUACUCCAACAACCUGCGGCACAUCGAGGCGGGGGCCUUCUAUGGUCUGGAACGCCUGGAGGAGCUGGACAUCGGAGAUAACGGCGACCUGCGGACCAUCAGCUCCAUGGCUUUCAGUGGCCUGUCCCGGCUGCAGACCUUGCACCUGCACCGCUGCGGGCUUUCCGAGCUGCCGUACGGCAUUUUUAUGGGUCUGUCCUCCCUUCAGUACCUGUACCUCCAGGAUAAUGACCUCUUGGCUAUACACGACGACACCUUCCUGGACCUGGCCAAUUUAGCCGUGUUGCACCUGCACAACAACAAGAUCAAGACGGUGACGGACUAUAUGUUCCGCGGACUGUUGAGCCUGGACAGCCUGCUCUUGCACCAGAACCGUGUGAGCGCAGUGCAUCGGCACGCCUUCCAUGACCUGCGCAGGCUCACCACGCUCUUCCUGUUCCACAACAACCUGACGGCGCUGAGCGGCGAGACCAUGGAGCCACUCGUGUCGCUCAGCUACCUGCGCCUCAACGGGAACCAGUGGGUGUGUGACUGUCGGGCCAGAACGCUGUGGGACUGGUUCAGGAGCUUCAAGGGGUCCAGCUCACUGCUCGAGUGCCACGUUCCAGAGCGCCAUUUCGGAAAAGAUCUGAAAAGGUUAAAGAGCGACGACCUGGAGGGCUGUUACGACAGCCACCGACAUACGUGGACCAGCUUGCUGAAUACAAGGAACAGUCGGUACGGGAAGCUCUUUAGCACAGAGAGCCCACUAGGGGCAGCAAUUCCCAGGUGCUGCCUCACAAACUCGGACAAGUCCUCAAUCCUCUCCGACAAGGGGCUUCCGGAUCUCUCUUCCUUCAACAGCCAACAGAUCACAAAGAACCCCCUGAAGGAAAAAGAGAACAUAUCUAAAACCAAGGGUGUGGAAUCAAAAAACGACACCCAUAGAAUAAACCACGGUGAUUCAGCUGGAACACUGAAUCACCCCGGGGGCAAACAGAGCCAUGACUUGCCUGAGGACCAGAGGUCAUCAGAUAACCCACUACAGAAAAAGUGUUCACAGAACACACAUGGCCAUUGUCGUGUUGACAGUGGAUCGACCAUCAAUGUUGUUGAAAUAAUGCUGCUUCCAGUAGUCUGGCUAUUUUGGUCAUUGUGAUCAUGAAUUGUAUGAUAUUACACACAAUGGCAGUGUCAGUCAUAGAGAGAGCAAAAGACAGAGAGAGAGACAGAGAGAGGAGUGAGGGAGGCACCUUUACCUGGACAGAGCUGAGUGUUGAUGUUUUUAUCUGCAGUGUUGCAUCUACUGUGGUGUCCAUACAUUCAGUGGUUUAGUGCUAUUUCUAUUGACUCCCCUCCAGCACUCUGCGGGGAAAGUCCAGGACUCUGAAGUUUAACCUGCCGUGCAAUAACAUCUCUAGUCCCUCUGAGGUCACCUCAAGGUCACAUGACACAUGCCUUGAGUACCGGGAAUGUUUUGAAAUCCUCUUGAUUGCCCCAAAGAUCAGAUGAAGGCUAUGAUUUACUAAACCCUUUAGACUAGAAAAACGUUCUACCAAGUGCAAAACCAAUUACAUAAUUCCUGACUACUCACAAGGUGAUUGUCAUGCACCAAUAAGUAAGAUGUGUUUAGUGUUGGUUUUGCAUGGGAUGAACAAUUCUGAACCUUACAAAAAGCCUUAAGUAAAUCAGGGCCAUUAUAGUUUUAUGCAUAUUUCGCUACUAUGUCAGAGUUUAUUUUAUUGACACGUGUACUUAUAUAACUGUUUUAUUGCUUAUUGUAAUUGUUGGUGUUAGCAUCGCACUUGUGGUACGGGUUAAAAAUGCAGUCACCUAUAUGUUAUUUUCCCCCCAUUUAACCUGUAUAUAACGUAAAUAUAAAUG